AUGUCUUUCCAGGAUGUGUUGAAGAGAGGUGAUGAUUUCCUAUCCGAAUACCCUCGAACUUCACCGCUCUGGAACUAUGCGUCCCAUGCGACGUGCUUGCUUAUCACCAUGAAAGCCAAGCUACUUCUCAACUUGUUCUACAAACCUCACCUUCACUGCGUUGAGAAACUUGAUUUUGCCUUGGCCAAGGCUCGGGAGGAGAAACGGUCUCUUCUUACGGUGAUGAACCAUAUGUCAGUUGUUGACGAUCCAUCCUUUUACGCCGUUUUGCCCUUCAGGUUCCAUACAGACGUUGAUACUAUCAGAUGGGGCUUCGGUGCCCAUAAUAUCUGCUUCUCCAAUAAGGUCUUCUCUUGGUUUUUCAACCUCGGAAAGAUCAUGGGAACCAAGAGGUUUGGUGAGGGUCCGUUCCAGGGCUCUUUGGAUGCUGCGAUCAGGAUCUUGUCUCCCGAUGAUACCUUGGAUUUGGAGUUUAGUCCAUGGGCCAGAGAACAAGACAAGCCUACCUUGAUCCAAGAGUUUUCCAAACUCGACGUGUCUCUGGAGACAAAGGAGCUUGUAAAGUCGGUGAAGCCUUCUCCAGAGUCGACGAACAUUCUUAUGUCAAAGUCUCCUUUCAUUCGUACCAAGACUUCAUGGUUCCAUGUCUUCCCUGAAGGUUUUGUUUUGCAGCUUCAAGAACCUCACGGUAACUCGAUGAGAUACUUUAAGUGGGGUGUUUCCAGGUUGAUUCUUGAGAGUACUCGUGCUCCUGUUGUUGUUCCUAUGUUCGCAUACGGGUUCGAAAAAGUUGCGCCUGAAGAUGCUGCUGGUGAAGGUAUCAAGCGCUACCUCCCUAGCAACUUAGGUGCUGAGAUCCAUGUCACUAUCGGUGACAUGAUUCCUGAUGAUCGUAUCGAGUACUACAGGGAGAAAUGGAGAGACUUGUGCAAAAAAUACAUUGAUCCAAAAAAGCCUACUGAUCUCACUGAGGAGUUGAUGUCUGGAAAGAAAGCCCAGGGGCUCCGAUCCGACCUUGCAGCUGAACUCAGAGAGAAAGUUCUCGCCAUUAGAGAGGGCCUUGGGGUGUUUAGACCUGAGGAUCCACGCUUCAAAGACCCAGCGUAUUGGACUGAGUACACUAGGACAGAGGGCAUGAGCGACCCAGAAGUCAAGUUUAUCGGAAAGAACUGGGCAAUUAAAAGAUUACAGCUGCACCUCCCUGAUUACGAAGAGGACGCUGCUUAA